CACGCCGGCCGGCCGGCCAGUCGGUAAUCCAGUAACACCACGACGAGUCGUACAGACCGAACAACGUAAAAUGUGCUGCGCGCAAUUUGUAACGAACUUCGAAUUUUAAAAAUACGAAUUUGACAGUUAUUGUUUUUGAUUUGACGUGAACGAGAAAAAUUGUAAACAAAUAUUUUUUAAGUAAAACUGAAUGGUUUAUUGUGAAUAUUUAGUGAUGAUUUGUGACUAUAGUGUCGUGGAAAGUGUUUUUAUGUGCAAUGUUGUGAAUUGGCGAUGCUUGUAGGAGAACAAUCUCCGGCACCACGGGUGGUGGCCGGUCUAAGAAAACUUCGUCCUGAAUUGACUCCUGGACCUGUUCCUACGCCUGUAGAUCCUGACUUUAGGAUAUCAGGUGUCCUCCGUCAGUAUUACAACGAUGACACAGAAUCCUGGGCUUGGGUGCGGGCAGCCGUCCGUGGUGGUUGCCUGCUCGCGUGGAGAGACGGCACCUUGCCCAGAAGGGCUGCCGCACGCCUACCCCUGCGCGACCUGCACCUGCGAACCGCACACACCUUGCCCAAUGCCUUCCAGCUAUCCCGACUCAGAGACGACUCUGCCGUCGCCACGUUUCAGACUUGCAAUGCGGCGGAAUACGCGAGAUGGGUGCGCGCCCUCUGUGUCGAGAUCCUCGGUCAGACGCCACUGCCACAGGUUCGAUUUCUGGACGUGCUACCUGCCGCGGACACCGUCGGUCGGGAACCAAAGAAAGAGGCUCCUCAACAGGAGACACCCUCUUGCCCUCCUAAACCACCCCCGCGAGCUCGUAGAAGGUUACUGACCUCUACGGAGACGCAGCUCACGCGCAGAGAUCACUCCCCCGCCGCUACGGAUGAGGGCAUCGUCGUCGAAGACGACGACUACGACUCAUCAUCCGAUCGCAGCUUAGACUUAACCCUCUCCCUCGACGCUUUGAAGACCACAGACGUGGUCGAUGCGCCAGUACGGAAAGCAGAGGUGAUCAAAUGUGACAGCUGUAGCAAACUGAACGCAGGCGCAAUACAACACCACACGUUACCACGUGCAGCGCGAUCCGAAUCAGAGCAAGGUCGCCGCUACUUGAAGAGAUGGGAGGGCACGGCGGGAGGUGCCGAGCGGGGCCGGUUUGCUAUGGAGGCGGCUAGACGAAAAACUUCGUCGCUAGAACAUCGGGCGAGAUCUUGUUCCCCGAAUGUUCACGAAGCUAUUGCACAGUAUGUCCCUGUGAGGGAACGACGUGCUUUAUUUGAAUCAUUGUCACGGACCAGCGGUGGGCUGGCCCGCAGCAGCGAGCAGCUAGCUCGCAUCGAGCGCUCUCCGGAGACGACACCACGACGCGCUGCGUCGUUGCACGACCUGCAGGCUCCGCCGACGCGGUCGGUAUCAGACCUGCGCCAGUUCUUCGAGGCGGUGGCGCGCGGCGCGGGCGCGGCCGGCGCAUGCGGCUCCCAGCGGCACAGCGCGCCACACUGCGCGCCGCGCGCCUUUGCCUCACUUACGUGUGCUUGACACAUACUCUGUUGUACAUAUUGUAGAUAGAUCCGGCGUUGACCGCUAUCUUUCUAAGUCGUUCGUUUUAAGACUGUUAAAAGUAUUGUUAUAGAAGUAUCUAAUAUAAAUAAAAUGAGAUGUAUUGUCUAUUAUAC